UAUGGAUAUGGAUAAUCCAGCCCAUGUUCCAAUCAAUAUAAAAUAAUAAGAAAGCAAGAAAAAAGAAUGUUGCAAUCAUAAUCAUUAACAUUAACAUAAUCAUUAGCAUGAACAUCAUCAUCAUCAUUAACAUUCAUAUAAUCCAUUUGCAAAUGUUCCAAAAGAAAUGAAAGUCUUUAUUUGGUAUGCUAUACUUAAUGGUGAUUAUGCUAUGCAAAUCUUUAUGUAAUUACCUAUGAUGGCUUAAGGCUAUUAUUUUUAUAUAUUGAUUUAGUAAUAAUAUCCAACUAUCAUAUAGCUAGACUCUCUUGACACCAAUUUACAAAAUAAAUGGAUUUCUUAAUUAAGUUUUACCAGACAAUAUAUUAAGAAAAUUAUUUGGAGGUCUUUCCAUCUAUUAUUUCAUUGUUCAUGGACUUAUACUCUAUUUAAAUUAUGAAACUUAUCCUGAAUUGGUAUCACUAAAAAAUUAUUCAUUUAGAAUUACAUUUUGUAUAUCAUAUAUGCAAUAUUAUUUACUUACUUCAUACUUAUAUUAUGUCCUGCAGGCUAAUUCAAACAAGCUGAUUUCAAAGAAUUAUUAGAUACAUAACCAGAACUAUUCACUCUCUCUAAAAUGAAUAGAAAUAUUUGUGUUUUGUGUUCAAUUCCUAAAGUUGUUCGAUCAUAACAUUGUCUAUAUUGUCAAAAGUAUCUAACUAAUUUUAUUAAUAUAGAUGUAUUAUAAGAUGGGAAUUUCAUUCAAUGUAAUUAAAUACAUGUAUUGGUGUAUUCAAUUAUCCAUUCCUAGUUAUGUAUAUAUUUUUUUGGACCUUCUAUUGUUUUACUAUACUUAGAUAAUUCACAUUAGUAGAAAGAAUACAAGAAAAAUCAUAUUUUGAUUUACUCAUUAUAGUGAUUAAUGUCCACCAAUUUUAUUAUUUUGGUCAAUAAUAUUUAUUGUGUUUAUUAAGAGUAUAUAAUUAUUAAUUAUAUUUUAGAUUUCUUAUAACAUAACUCCAUAAGAAUUAGGAUAAUGGAGAAGAUAUUCCUAUUUAUGGGCUAAUGAAAGGGGAAUGUUUGGAAAUCCCUUUGACAAAGGAUUUCUCUAUAAUUGGAUUUCUUUCCUUAAACCACUGUUUACUAGUAAAGGAGAUGGAAAUUGGGCAACAAAUAAAUACAUAAAUGUGUCAGAUAUACCAAAUCAUCCUCUUGGAACUAAAGCUUAGUAAAUGAUAGAUCAAUAAAUUUAAUAACUAAGAAAAAUGGAAAAAGAUUUAAUUAAAAGAUAAGCAGCUGAUGAUGAGUAAGAAGGUCUAUUGAAUUAGUGAG